AUGUCCAGAUCCGGGGACAGGACCUCCACCUUCGACCCCAGCCACAGCGACAACCUGCUGCACGGCCUCAACCUGCUGUGGAGGAAGCACCUCUUCUGCGACGUGACCCUGACGGCCCAGGGCCAGCAGUUCCACUGCCACAAGGCCGUGCUGGCCUCCUGCUCCCAGUACUUCCGAUCCCUCUUCUCCAGCGGCGGCGGGAGCGGCGGGCACCCCCACGCCCUGGGGCUGGGGCCCGGCGCCCAGGACGGGCUGGGGGGCCCGCCGAAGGAGCCGCCGCCGCCGCAGCCGCAGGAGGAGCCCGGCACCCCCUCCUCCUCCCCGGAGGACAAGCUGCUGGCCAGCCCGCGGGCCAUCAACAACCUGGUGCUGCAGGGCUGCUCGUCCAUCGGGCUGCGGCUGGUGCUGGAGUACCUGUACACGGCCAACGUGACCCUCUCGCUGGACACGGUGGAGGAGGUGCUCUCGGUCAGCAAGAUCCUGCACAUCCCGCAGGUCACCAAGCUGUGCGUGCAGUUCCUCAACGACCAGAUCUCGGUGCAGAACUACAAGCAGGUGUGCAAGAUCGCCGCCCUGCACGGCCUGGAGGAGACCAAGAAGCUGGCCAACAAGUACCUGGUGGAGGACGUGCUGCUGCUUAACUUCGAGGAGAUGCGCGCCCUGCUCGACUCGCUGCCCCCCCCCGUCGAGUCGGAGCUGGCGCUUUUCCAGAUGUCCGUGCUCUGGCUGGAGCACGACCGGGAGACCCGCAUGCAGUACGCCCCGGACCUGAUGAAGCGUCUACGCUUCGCCCUCAUCCCGGCGCCGGAGCUGGUGGAGCGGGUCCAGUCGGUGGAUUUCAUGCGCACCGACCCCGUCUGCCAGAAGCUGCUGCUGGACGCCAUGAACUACCACCUGAUGCCCUUCAGGCAGCACUGCCGGCAGAGCUUGGCCAGCAGAAUUCGUUCCAAUAAGAAAAUGCUGUUAUUGGUUGGAGGAUUGCCUCCCGGACCUGACCGGCUACCCAGCAAUUUGGUUCAGUAUUAUGAUGAUGAAAAGAAGACGUGGAAAAUACUGACAAUUAUGCCAUAUAACAGUGCCCAUCACUGUGUCGUGGAAGUGGAAAACUUCUUGUUCGUGCUGGGAGGAGAAGACCAAUGGAACCCUAAUGGGAAACACAGUACAAACUUUGUUAGCCGAUACGAUCCCAGGUUUAACAGCUGGAUACAACUUCCACCCAUGCAAGAGAGGAGAGCCAGUUUCUAUGCCUGUCGCCUUGACAAGAAUUUGUAUGUAAUCGGUGGAAGAAAUGAAACUGGCUACUUGUCCAGCGUGGAGUGCUACAAUCUGGAGACAAACGAGUGGCGUUACGUGUCUUCGUUACCACAACCAUUGGCAGCCCAUGCAGGAGCCGUUCACAAUGGCAAGAUAUAUAUUUCAGGAGGUGUUCACAACGGAGAAUAUGUCCCCUGGCUGUACUGCUAUGACCCUGUGAUGGACGUCUGGGCCCGAAAACAGGACAUGAACACAAAGCGAGCAAUCCACACUUUGGCUGUAAUGAACGAUCGGCUGUAUGCAAUUGGAGGAAACCAUUUGAAAGGUUUCUCCCAUCUUGACGUAAUGCUUGUGGAAUGCUACGAUCCAAAAGGUGACCAGUGGAAUAUCCUCCAGACUCCUAUUUUGGAGGGUCGCAGUGGCCCUGGCUGCGCAGUCCUUGAUGACAGUAUUUACCUUGUAGGAGGCUACAGCUGGAGUAUGGGAGCCUACAAAUCUUCUACUAUUUGCUAUAGUCCUGAGAAAGGAACUUGGACAGAACUAGAAGGAGAUGUUGCUGAGCCACUUGCAGGACCUGCUUGUUCAACUGUCAUAUUGCCAGCCUGCGUACCAUACAACAAAUGA